AUGGGUGAAGAGCAUCAUACUACCGGCCAAGACUCUAGCAGUCAGCAGCCUGACGUCGAGGAGAGUCCCGAGCCUCCUAUAUGUGGUUUCAACGAGCAGCAUACCCACCAAGAUCCAUACACCACCAAAAGAUCCGCCAAGCCGGAAUCUGCGUUCUCCUUCGCUGAAGGGAACAGUUCGCCUGCGAACCUCGCCUCUGUCACCUCUGCAGUGACAGAAAACCAGCCGCAAUCAUGGGCUGAAGACUACAAAUACGCUCACACCUUUACCGGGGCUGAUAUCGCCAGGACCCUGGACGUCGACCUCCGCCAUGGUCUGACGAGCACCGAAGCAGCGGAGCGCCUUCGGCGCGAUGGCCCCAACAAGGUUGAGGGCGCCGCUGGGCUGUCCAUGUGGAAGAUUUUCUUGAGACAGAUCUCGAACAGCUUGACGCUCGUUCUUGUCAUUGUCAUGGGUAUUUCUUUCGGCAUCAACGACUACAUCGAGGGGGGUGUAGUCACCGCCGUCAUCCUUUUGAACGUCGUCGUAGGAUUCGUGCAAGACUACAAGGCCGAGAAGACGAUUAUGUCGCUCUAUGCACUCUCAGCGCCCGAAUGCAAGGUCACUCGAGACGGGCAAACCGCCACGAUUAAAGCUGAGAACCUUGUCGUCGGCGACAUCGUCCAGGUCCACGUCGGUGACGUGGUGCCAGCCGACCUGAGGCUUUUCGAUGGCAUGAACGCUGCAACUGACGAAGCUCUACUUACCGGCGAAUCUUUGCCCGUUUCGAAGACGCCCCAUGAGACAUUUGCCACACGUGACAUCCCUAUUGGCGACCGUACCAACAUGGCCUAUUCCGCAUCGACCAUGUCGCAGGGAAGAGCCACCGGCAUCGUCGUAUCUACCGGCAUGAACACGGAAGUAGGCAAGAUUGCCGCGCUCCUCCGUCGUCAGGGUACCCGCGAACAGAGCUCCAGCAUGGUCACCCGACUCUGGACGAGAUUUACGGACAGUGUCAAGACCAUCCUUGGCUUGGUGGGCACUCCACUCACCGUCAAGCUAAGCAAGUUCGCUCUGUUGCUCUUUGCGCUGGCCAUCCUGCUUGCCAUCAUCGUCUUUUCCUCCAAUUUAUGGGACAUUAGCGACGAGGUACUCAUCUACGGCAUCUGUGUCGCCGUGGCUGUUAUUCCGGAAUCGCUUAUCGCCGUCCUUACCAUCACCGUUGCUGUAGGUACCAAGGCGAUGGCAAAGGGAAACGUCAUUGUUAGAAAGCUGCAAGCACUGGAAGCCGUCGGUGGCGUCACCAACAUCUGUUCGGACAAGACAGGAACCCUGACCCAGGGCAAGAUGAUUGCUCGCAAGGCCUGGAUCCCGGGUGCUGGAAUGGUAUCGAUCCAUGACACGACGAACCCGUUUGACCCCACUAGUGGGUUCGUCAAGAUCAACGAUCAGGAUGUCGCCCCUGAGACGAUGGAGAAACAAAAUCCACUGAAGAAGUUUCUGGAUGCCAUCGCUCUAUGCAACUUGUCUCAGGUGACCAAUGAUGACAACAAGAGUCAGUCAGAUACAAUCACCUUUGAGAAUCGGCCGGACAACUGGAAGGCUGUGGGGGAGCCCACAGAAAUUGCCCUCCAGGUUCUCGCCAUGCGGUUCGAUUCCGGAAAGCCUGCCUUGCUCGAAGAUGGCAGCAAGAAGCUUCUUACGGAGUAUCCUUUCGACUCAAUUUGCAAGCGAAUGACCGUCGUCUACCGCGACGAGGCCGCCAGGGUCACCGAGGCUUUCAUGAAGGGUGCCACGGAGGUUAUCAUCCCAAUUCUGUCUAGUCCAGACCAGGAGAAGGAAGAAAUCCGCUCCAUGGCCGAGAGCAUGGCAGGAGAAGGUCUCCGCGUCCUGUGCAUUGCAACCAAGGCGAUUACUGACGACGACUCUGCCUCGCUUACCCAGCGUACUGCGGCCGAAUCGAAUCUUGAUUUCAUCGGGCUCGUAGGCUUGUAUGAUCCGCCUCGCUUGGAAACGGCGGACGCGGUCAAGGAGUGUCAGAUGGCUGGCAUCACCGUGCACAUGCUCACAGGCGAUCACAUCCGGACCGCUACAGCUAUCGCACACGAGGUCGGUAUUCUCAAGGCUGCAGGACCGAACGGCUCACAUGGAACUGCGAUCAUGGCCGCUGCGGACUUUGACAAGCUCUCCGACGGGGAGAUCGACCGCAUUGAGACCCUUCCACUAGUCCUUGCUCGUUGUUCACCGACUACGAAGGUGCGAAUGGUGGAGGCCAUGCACCGAAGGAAAGCCUUCUGCGUCAUGACUGGUGAUGGUGUCAAUGAUUCUCCGGCACUUAAACGUGCUGAUGUCGGUAUCGCCAUGGGUCUUAACGGGAGUGACGUCGCGAAAGAGGCAGCGGACAUGGUUCUGACCGACGACAAUUUCGCCUCGAUUGUGAAAGCCGUCGAGGAAGGACGGCGCCUGUUCGACAACAUCCAAAAGUUCCUCAUGCAUCUGCUCAUCUCAAAUAUCUCGCAAGUGAUCCUUCUUCUCAUCGGCCUCGCCUUCAAAGACAACGGCGGCGACUCCACAUUCCCGCUCUCGCCCCUCGAGAUCCUCUGGGUAAACCUCAUCACCUCCUCCUUCCUAGCCCUCGGGCUGGGUCUCGAGGAGGGCCAGCCAGACAUCAUGCUCCGGCCACCGCACGACCUCCGCAUCGGCGUCUUCACCUGGGAGCUCAUCACCGACAAGAUGAUCUACGGCUUCUUCAUGGGCUCUUUGUGUCUGGUCGCCUUCGUGUCCGUGGCCUAUGGUGCGGGCGGCGGUGAUCUCGGCGACGGCUGCAACGAGGCCUACAACGCCACCUGCGACACAGUAUUCCGGGCGCGCGCGACGACGUACUCGACGCUGACGUUCUUGCUGCUGGUUACUGCGUGGGAGGUCAAGCACUUCUCAAGAUCGCUGUUCAAUUUCGACCCGGCACGCAACAGCGGCCCAUUUUCGGUCUUUCCGACAAUAUGGCGCAACCGGUUCCUCUUCUGGGCUGUGGUCGCCGGGUUCACGAUAUGCUUCCCCGUCGUGUAUCUGCCGGUCGUCAACCGUGAGGUCUUCAAGCAUCAGGGCAUUGGCUGGGAGUGGGGCGUCGUGCUUGGCUGUUUGGUCGUGUAUGUGGCGCUCGUUGAGUCGUGGAAAGCUGUUAAGCGCCGCUUCGGCAUCUGGAGUGGGAGGAAUAGAUUGCUUACCGUCGAGGAUGCGGAGAUGAGGGCGGGUUUAGAGUUGACGAGCUCGAAGGAGCAGAAGUAG